AUGGCCACCCAACUAAGAUACGAGAAUAACGAUAAUGAUGAAAGAGUAGAGCAUAAUCUCUUUACCAAUAGAUCCACCAUGAUGGCAAAUUUUGAAGAAUGGAUCAAAAUGGCUACAGAUAAUAAAAUAAACUCCCGAAAUAGUUGGAAUUUCGCAUUGAUUGACUAUUUUUAUGACUUGGAUGUGCUGAAAGAUAGCGAGAAUAACAUCAAUUUUCAGAAGGCAUCUGCCACGUUGGAUGGGUGUAUUAAGAUUUAUUCUUCAAGAGUUGAUUCAGUGACGACAGAGACAGGUAAGUUGUUGAGUGGAUUAGCUCAAAGGAAGACGAAUGGUUCAUCUAAUGGAGAUGAUAAUAACAAUGGAAAUGGCGAAGGGCUUGAAGGUAAAGAGGAAGAAGGAAAUGUAUUGAUUGAUCCACUAACCGGUAUGCCUAUAUCUAAUGAUCCUGAAGUGAAUAAUACAAGGCGGAGAGUUUAUAAUAGAGUUUUAGAAACCACGUUAGUGGAAUUUGAAACAAUCAAGAUGAAAGAACUAGACCAAGAACUACGGAUUGAUCCAUUGUUUAAGAAAGCUCUUGUAGAUUUCGAUGAAGGCGGUGCCAAGAGUUUAUUGCUGAACACACUAAACAUAGACGACACCGCAAGGGUCAUUUUCGAUGCCUCUAUUAAGGAUACACAACAUAUGAUGCAGGAUAAGAAUCAAAGUAAGGAAGGUGAACUGGUUGAAGACAGUAGCGUAGCUAAUGGCGAGAAUGAACCUAGUCAGUCAUUGGUAAGCAACCGCAAUGAUUCGAUGGUGAAUGGUUCAGCCAUUAGUGCACCAUCGAUGGAAGAUGAAAUUUUAUCUCUCGGAAUGGAUUUCAUAAAGUUCGACCAAAUUGCUGUUUGUGAAAUAUCGGGGUCAAUUGAGCAAUUAAGGAAUGUCGUUGAAGAUAUUAAUCAAGCGAAAGGCUUCAUAGAAAAUGUUAACAAUAAAUUCGAUAACUUCUUAACUGAAGAGGAACUACAGGAAGCUGUGCCAGAAAAUGCCGAAGACGAUAUCGAUGGAUUUGAUAUGGGCAUGCAACAGGAGUUAGGAUAUCCAGACGAAAAUCAUGAUAAUAUAUCCCAGGAUGAACAGGAUGAUCCAAGUGAAGACAACGUCAACUCUACUACAGGAAGUAUAUUUGAAAAGGAUUUAAUGGCUUACUUUGAUGAUAACUUGAAUAAAAAUUGGAGAGGAAGAGAACAUUGGAAAGUACGAAAUUUCAAGAAAAUGAAUUAUGUGAAUGAAGAAUCCAACUCAAUAGGAGAAGUGAGGGGUACUAUAAAAUAUAGUAGCAAUAAUGACAUAACAGAGAAUAAACUGACGGACUUUAAGAAAAAGAAUAAACAAAAAAAGGCUUUAGAAAUCGACUUUUUCCAAAUAGAUGAUGAAUUUGAAGACAGCAUUUUUGCACCAAAAGGGAGAACGAAGAUUGAUAUGCCGAUUAAAAAUAGGAAAAAUGACUCUCAUUAUUUACUACCAGAUGAUUUCCAUUUUUCCACCGAUAAGAUAACAAGGUUGUUCAUCAAACCGGAACAAAAAAUGAGUCUUUUCAAUCACCGAAAGCAUUCUGGAGGUGAUGUCAACUCAGGGACUUUUGAGAAAAGUGUGUCUUCUUUCAACCGUUCCAAUAACGACGUUCCUGCUAUUGCCGAUGAACACUUUUGGGCAGAUAAUUACGAAAGGAAGGAGCAAGAGGAAAAAGAAAUGGAGCAGUCUAAAGAGGUAGGCGAUGUUGUAGGUGGAGCGCUGGAUAAUCCCUUUGAAGAUGAUGUGGAUGGUGUUGACUUUAACCAAGCUUUUGAGGAAGCCGACGAUAACGAGGAGGCGGAUAUGAAACUUGAUUUACAGGAUGAAGAAGAUCAUAAGUACCCCAUCCGGGACAACAAAGUUACUUAUUCAAGAGUCUCAAAAAAAAUUGAUGUAAGAAGACUAAAGAAAAACGUGUGGAAAUCGAUUAAUAAUUUGAUACAAGUACAAGACACCAAGAAAGGUGAAGAAGAAAAUUCAAAUGACAGCAAAAUCCACAAAGAGAAUGAACCAAACAAGGAACUGAAAUUCUCAGAUAUUAUUCAUGGUAUAAGUACAAUGUAUUCGAAUGAUACACUAAAGGACAUUUCAACAAGUUUUUGUUUUAUAUGCCUUCUGCAUUUAGCAAAUGAGCAUGGGUUGCAGAUAACUAACACAGAAAACUAUGAGGACCUAGUGGUGAAUUAUGAGGGCCUAGCGACGGCACAAACAGCAACAUGA